UUAUUUGGGACAUUUCACGGUAUGGACAAUUCACUGUGUUGCGUAAAAUUAUGGGUUUCAUGUGAGGGAAAUCUGUGGGGGACUUUACAAUAUAGACGAUUCACUGUUUCAGGUGGAAAUUCUAGUUUCUUCUGGAAAACCUGGAGGAGAUUUCGCGGUAUGGAUAAUUCACUUUAUUAAGGUCUUUUGUGGAAAAUCCGGGUUACAGGUGGAGGCAGGCGGAAAAAUAAAUAAAUUUCCCAAUACGUAUCGGCAAACUAGAAAAGAAAAAUUUAAGGAA